AUGGUGAUGACGAUCAUCAACAAGAUAUUGACGAUAUUGAUGCAGUUGAUGUGGAAAGUGGUGAGACCUGAGGAUCUCGAACUUGGGGAUCACGUUUAUAGAUACGGAUGGUUCGGUCUCGGCAAGAAGCAGGAGCUCCACCUUGCGGGCAUUGGGAGGAACGAGAGGAAUCAACUGGCUCUGCCUCUGGUGGGGGUAGGCGGAGUUGGUCUUUACCAGAUGCGGGAAAAGGGAGCGAACUUGCCGCCGCCGCCGCUUCAUCAAUGGGGGCUUCACCGGCCGAGCUCGGCGGUGAACUGGCGGUUCGGGGGGCUGAGCGCCUUGGUCUUGGUGGGCAUGCUGGUGGUCUGGAGCGUAGAUGGGUGCACGGUAAGCGGCCUUCUUGACGCAUGGAGGGUCAAGCAAGAUUACGGGUCCGUAAAGGUCCAAGCUUCUGAUUCCGAUCUAGCGUUUGACCCCAUCAAAAUCAGACCGUGGUUUUGUGGAAGAGUCUCCCAGAAGGAGGAGAAGAAUGUGGUGGAUGAAGUUGUUCAAGAUUGGGUUUCGUCCCAGUUAGAGCCCAACUUCUCCAACCUCCUCGCGAGGUGGCUGGCUCCCGGAGGCGAGCCCUGCAGGGACUCCAGGACGGAGGAGAUUGCCAUUCCCGGGAUAGAUGGUAAGGGUUUGAUCGAAUUGUCAGCCGGGCCUGUUCACGAGUUCAGUUUCGGUGCGUUGGAUGGAGCCGGGAAUUCGCGGUGUCUGGGCGGUGAUUACUUUGAGACCGAUCUUUCCGAGUCUUGGAAGUCGAGGCCCCUGGUGAAGGAUUUCAGUAAUGGAUCUUAUACGGUCUCACUUCAGGUUCAUCCGGAUUGUGGGGACUACAAUCUGACAAUCAUCCUGCUGUAUAGGCACUUUGAAGGGCUCAGGUUCUCACCUGGUCGGUUCGUGUUCGAUCGGGAGCUUAGAAAGGUCUCAAUAAGGUUCUACAAGAGCAAGGCAAAACUGCCGGAGCUGCAUCUUUGCGGGAAAUCUGAUUUCAGUAAGGAUGUUUGGUUUGGCCGCUGGACCCGGCAUGGCAAGAACGACGAUUGCCAAAUCAGCAACGAUGGACGUUACCGGUGCCUUCCGCCCGAUUACAAGUGCCAGAGCCCGUGGUGCGAUGGCUCAUUAGCUUUGGAGAGUAAUGGUUGAUAUUCGGCACACUGUUCGUUCAAGAUAUUUUCACCUGAUGCUGCCUGGAAUUGCCUGAAGGGCAGGUGGAUCUUCUUCUGGGGCGAUUCAAAUCACGUCGACACGAUUAGAAACAUGCUCAAUUUCAUCUUGGAUUUGCCCCAAAUUCAAUCAGUCCCUCGGAGAUUCGACAUGAACUUCUCAAACCCGAAACACCCUUCUCAAUCUGUCCGGAUCACAAGCAUCUUUAAUGGCCAUUGGAACGGGACACAGAAUUAUGAGGGUCUCAACUCGCUGAAAGAUGAAGGGUUUCGCAGGUUGUUGAAGAAGUACUUCUCAGAAGACACGGUACCAGACACUAUAAUCAUGAACUCGGGCUUGCACGACGGUGUCAAGUGGACCAAUGUAAGGGCAUUCUCAGGCGGAGCACAAUACGCCUCCUUUCUGGGCAGAGGUGAUGGAGGGGUGAGGCAGAGGGGCUUGGCGGUACCAAGGAUUUUCUAUCGGACCACAGUGGCUACUGGUGGCUAUGCCCGAGCGCUCGCAUUCAAUCCUAACAAGAUGGAUGCCUACAAUGGGGUGGUGAUUGAUAAGUUCAGACAAGCCGGGUUGGUAUCCGGCGUGAUCGAUAACUUUGACCUAACCUACCCGUGGCACUUUGAUAACCGGUGCAACGACGGGGUCCACUAUGGCCGUGCCCCAGCAAAGAUGAAGUGGAGGGAUGGGGAAAUCGGGCACCAGUACUUUGUGGAUUUAAUGUUAGCUCAUGUGCUGCUCAACGCGCUAUGUUCGAAAUAGGAUUGGAAAAGAAAAGAAAUCCUUGAGCGGGAAAUUUUUUGGCACAUUCUGAGGAAAGAGCAUCUAAGAACAAGAUGUUCUUGCACAAUGCCGCAGUUCCACGAAGUACAGACAUUGGCAGACCGCAAAGACGCGAGGGCGGCAUAGUCGUCACAUUAGUCGGAGGCCAAGUACAUAGCAGCAGCAGCAGCAGCAGCAGCAUUAUUCAGUGUGUCGGUUUGAUGUUCGUUAGCGCAAAAACGUCAUCAUUCAUUGAUUUUUCCAGCUUCCUCGGUGUUUUUGGAUGUAUGUAUACUAUUUCCAUAUACACGUGAUAUAUUGAUAUCUUGUAUAGUAUGAGAAAUUCCUGAUUGUUCAAGGACUUGAAGAGGCAUGUUCAUCAGUCACUUGAAGUGUUCCAGUUUAUCUCAGGCGACUGAUCUUUACAGCAAUGAGUUCCAUUUUA